GCCGGCAUAGUCGUCCCCACCGGUGUAGCCACUCUAAAAAAUCUUUUUUUUUUUUUCUAAAAAAAAUCAAGAUGUUGAGUGCACUCUUUUUGCUAGCCGCCUUUUUAAUCGCGGUGUACAAAAUUUAUUUUUCUAACACCAUUACUUAUAAAAAAGUAACUAAAUAUGGAGAAAAUAAAACUUUGAUGCUUAAAGAGGCUCCGGGGCCAACACCACUGCCCAUAAUAGGUAAUUUACACCUUUUGGGCAAGCACGAAUCGCCAUUUCAGUCUUUUACAGACUUGGCGAAGAAGUAUGGCGAUAUAUUCAGCCUGCAACUGGGAACUGCUAAAUGCCUGGUGGUCAAUAACCUGGAUCUUAUCCGGGAAGUCUUGAAUCAAAAUGGGAAGUUCUUCGGCGGUCGACCGGAUUUCAUCCGGUUCCAUCAACUUUUUGCUGGUGAUAGGAACAACUCCUUAGCGCUCUGCGAUUGGUCCAACCUACAGCUUCGCAGACGCAACCUAGCCCGUCGUCACUGCGGGCCAAAACAACAUACCGAUAACUUUGCACGAAUCGGUGACGUGGCCACUUUCGAAUCCAUAGAGCUACUGCAAACUUUGAAAAAUAUUACUAGAUCCUCCGACUCAAGUAUCAAUCUAAAACCAAUCUUAAUGACAACAGCAAUGAACAUGUUUUCCCACUACAUGUGUAACGUUCGUUUUGACGCCGAAAACGACGAAGAUUUCAAACGAAUCGUCGACCAUUUCGACGAAAUUUUCUGGGAGAUCAAUCAGGGAUACGCUUUGGAUUUCUUGCCGUGGUUACAGCCUUUUUACAAGAAACAUUUGGAUAAACUGUCAAACUGGUCUGCAGAUAUCAGAUCCUUUAUUUUAUCAAGAAUAGUAGAACAGAGGGAAUUAGAUUUGGAUGUAGAAGGACCGGAAAAGGACUUUUUAGAUGGUUUACUAAAAGUUUUACACGAAGAUCCAACAGUCGAUAGGAAUACUAUCAUAUUUAUGCUUGAAGAUUUUCUGGGCGGUCAUUCUUCGGUUGGUAAUCUUGUCAUGUUGUGUUUGACAGCUGUGGCCAGAGAUCCUGAGGUUGGUAGGAAGGUUAGGGCAGAAUUAGAUGCUCUAACUAAAGGUAAGAGACCAGUCACACUGCUGGACCGUCAUAGCUUACCUUAUACUGAAGCUACAGUUCUAGAAUGUCUUAGAUACGCCUCAUCGCCAAUUGUACCUCAUGUGGCUACGGAAAACGCCGCCAUUUCCGGCUACGGAGUAGAAAAAGGCACAAUAGUAUUCAUUAACAACUACGAAUUAAAUACUUCUGAAGAAUAUUGGCAAGAACCUGAGAAAUUUGACCCUACAAGGUUUUUGGAAAAGACCAAAGUUCGGGUCCGAAGGAAUUCCUUCUGUGAUUCAGGUAUGGAAUCCGAUGGUGAGAGACCAAGCAAGCCAGCGGAGACAGAGAAAGAAGUUUGGUCCGUAAGGAGGAAUAUACCCCAUUUCCUGCCUUUCAGUAUAGGUAAAAGAACUUGUAUAGGUCAGACUUUAGUUACAACAAUGAGUUUCGUUAUGUUUGCUAGCAUAAUGCAGGAGUUUGAAAUAGGGGCGGAGAGUUUAGAGGAUUUGAGGCAGAAACCAGCCUGUGUAGCUUUGCCUAAAGACACGUAUAACCUCUUUUUGAUUCCCAGAAAGCAUUGAUUCUUUUUUAAAUUGUCUACUUACGUAAAUUAUUUGAGCUUGGUUUUUUUAUCUGUGUUUUUGGUUUAGAUGCUGUUUUUUCAAUGGGUGUACU